AUCUGAACAGUUAGGCCAAUCCAAAAAUAAACACACCGUUUCCCCAUCUCAAAACCAAAACCUAUCUCACCCCUGUCAUGAACUCUUGCAGCCUUUGAUUGGUUUUUUCAUGCUCUGCACCUUGCCACCAAGAUCUAUUCACCUUACCUAUCUCUAUUUUGUUGGGGGAGAAACUAAUCAAACCACGAUCCAAGCCAAGGUCAAGGAUCACUAACUCUCAUCAACGGUUUGGAUUUGAUCCUUCAAUUCAUCAAAACGCCACACCUCUUCGUGUCUUUCUCUCUGUUUGUGUGAUUCAAACCCAUCUUCAAUUCGCACAAAUAGCAUCCGAACUUUGAAUCUUGACCAUCUGGGUCGCUUCCAAUACCUGCGGAUUGGUUGGGUUCGGUGAUUUCUGUGAGAGUUUCUGAAGCUAUGGAGGCUUAUAAGAGAUGGGUCAGGCAGAACAAAGACUAUGUGCACUCCCUCGAGUCCUUGGCCAAUGGAUUGACAUGGCUUCUUCCUGAACGCUUCUCUGAAUCAGAGAUUGGACCAGAAGCAGUGACGACCAUUCUAGGAAUUAUCACAGCUAUCAAUGAGCAUAUAAUUGAUACUACUCCUAACCAAAAUGUUACAGGCUCUGUUGAGCCCAAUUCAUUUCCUUAUCCAUUAUGCUUAUCUGCAUUGAAGGAUUUGGAAACAUUAGUUGAAGUUGUGGCACAACAUUACUAUGGUGAUGAUAAGAAAUGGAAUUUCCUUGCUGUUACCGAAGCAAUCAAGGUACUGGUUCGGUUAUCUUUGUUUCGGAAGAGUGGGUAUAAAAUGUUGUUAUCUGGCGGGGAGACAUCAAAUGAUGCUAUUGCUUCGGAUAGUUCUACUUCACAACAUCAAAUAGGCUCACAGCUCGAUGGGCAUCGAGGGUCUGGUCAUAUGAGAAACAAUCUUGGUACAAACCCAUGGAAUCUGGAAGGAAGAGCACUAUCUGCUUUAAAUAAAUUUGGAGAAAAUGCCAUGACAGCAUCCGAUCCAGUGUGGUUACGUAGGGUUCAACACCAACAAUCAAUCAUGGAGCCUCUUGCUUCAAAGGCAGUGAGACCAACACUUUCCACCGUGUUGGCCAAAGGGGGUGUUCGCGGGGCUUUCUUUAUUAUUGGAGAAGUUCUAUUUAUUACUAGACCACUUAUCUAUGUUUUAUUCAUUCGAAAGUAUGGUAGUCGGUCAUGGACCCCUUGGUUCCUUUCACUGGCUAUUGACUGCAUAGGGCAUAGUAUUCUUUCAAUUGUUACGACAACAGUGGCGGGUGAAAAGGAGAAAAUGUUCCAUCUUUCUGCCCCAGAAAAGGAUGAGGUUAAACAACGGAAGCUUUUAUUUGCACUUUACCUGAUGAGAGAUCCAUUUUUCAGCAAGUAUACUAGGCGACGACUUGAAAGCACUGAGCAGGUUUUGGAACCUGUACCUAUCAUAGGAUUUCUUACGGCGAAAAUUGUUGAGCUUGUGAUUGGAGCUCAGACACGAUACGCUUACAUGUCAGGAUCAUGAUAUAAAAUCCUGUAGAAACACCUCAUUGCCCUCCAAGAUUGUGGGAUCCAUAUUUUUCAAAUGAUGGAGAGAUAUCAAAUCUGCCACUAUUCAAUGAUGAUAGGAAAGCAAGAAACCUGACAAGCUUUUAACAUUUGUUUCCUUAACAAUACCAGAGAUGGAAGGUGUACGGCUGCUGUGAAACAUAUUGUUUUCAUGGAUAGCUACAAUAUUAACAAUUGGGUAUAAAUUGAGAUGUUCUUUGAGAGAUUUUGUUGUACUCCUACACAGUGGAGGUGGGUGGUUUUACACUAGCAGUUCUGAGAAUCAAUUUGCAAAUUACUCAAACUCAGAAAAUUGUAUUCUGUUUAGACUUCGAAAGUUUUAAGCUUAUCUUCCAUGUGCAUCCUUGUGUCUACAAUUGUAUGUUGGAUGUGCUUAUUACACCAAAAGAAGUUAAAUGAAUAACUAUUUGAAGCUUGUGUCAUUAUAUUUAAGUGAUGCUGUAAAAAGUAAUAUUUGCUGUUGUC